CGCACAUAAAGUCGAUAAUUAUAUAUGAAGGUAUGCUGGAUCUAUAUUUCGUUAACAACAUGAUAAAAACAGAGAAAAAUCAAUAGGCUCCAAAAGUUCAGAUUGUGCACAGAGUAAACUACAUAAAAAUAUCGCAAGUAUACGUAAAUAACUUAAGAAAUGACUCAUGGUUACAACAUCCUACAACUCAUUGUUUUUUCGUUGUACUCUUAAUUUUGUUUUAAAAUGCUAACCCUAGUUUUGACAUGGCUACGCCACGUAACGUUUCAAAACAGUAAAUAAGACUUGGAUUUAGAUAGGCGACAGUUAUGGAUAUCGAUAACAGCAAAUAUUACAUUGAAAGCGAACAGAUUCCUGAAGAUGACAAUGCAUCUUCUAUAGUAUCGGUUAAAAUCGAAGAUUUACCAGACACAUUGAAAGAUGAUGAACUUGAUCCACUUGUCUUGAGAGUCAAGGAGACGAUAAAAGACUCAGAAGCAAAGGAAAGGUUUGAUGGACUCGCUUCUGAUGUUCAUUCUCAAGUUUCUCCUCCAUCCGUUGAUCAGUUUUUCCGUAAUUACUUACAAAACAAUGGAUUUCUUGAGACUCUUAAUGUCUUCCAGGCAGAAUGGUUCAAGUUCUUGCAUAAAGGUUUAUUGAAUAAAGAAGCUGCCCCAGUUCCUGAUAUUUAUGUACAGAACGAUGAGUUAAGAAAUAUGAUAGAAGAUAUAAGAUCAGAAAAUCUGACUUUGAAAAAUUCAGUUUUGAAGCUAAGUGAUGAGUUGAAAAAAGUUAAGAAUGAACGAGAUUAUCACAUGAUCAAGCACAGACAAACGUUACAAGAUAAAGAGAAGCUACAUUGUGACGUAAAAAGAUUGGAUUUUGUGAUUUAUCUAUUGAUCAUAAAGUGAAUCCAUUAUUGGCGAAACUUACAAAUCAUUCAUAUAAAUUUACACGAUUAGACAAUAGAAAAUUAGAUAUGAGUAUACGGGCUCAUAAUGCAGCUAUUAGCAAAUUAGCUAUUCAUUCAAAUAAAUCAUGGUUAUGUUCAGUUGGUGAUGAUAAAUUAUGGAAAUUGUGGAAAAUUCCAAAAUUAGAAUUAUUAAUGGAAUAUAAACUAAUAACAAAUGAUUGGAUAUCAUCAAUUGAUUUUCAUCCUAAAGAAGAAAUAUUAGCAACAGGAAAUGCUCAAGGUUCUAUUCAAGUGAGUUCUUUUUCCUCAAAGUAAAUGCUCUAUAACUUUAAUUCAUUUGUAUCUGUUGUUUGAAUUGUUCCAUAAUGGACUGUAAGUGAUCAAUCUCUAUUGGUAUAUGAGUAUCUUGUAUAGACUACUACGAUAACACCUUAAGUCAUAGGUUGAUGAGUCCCAGAUCCGAUGAAACGAGCGUCCGAGAUUCCACUUUCAGUCACCAUCUAUAUCUGUUCAAUAGCAUUUAUAUAAUAAUGAACUUAUUAUCAGGUAGUAAUAUGUAUUGACCCUCAUGCUGAGUAGAGUGGGUUGAUAAGUUUAAGAGCACGAUAUCGAAGAUGACUAAGUUUCAAUGUCGAAUAAUUAGUUAGUAGUCUAUUACAUGUUUGUAGAAAUGCUUUUCCUCAAAAUCAAUAGAAUUAUGUACUUAUUGUAUCGGUUGCUUGGAUCUUCUCACUGAUGUUUAGGACAGCAACUGAUCAGUCUCUUAUUGACAUAUGGGCAUCAUGUACGGAUUAUCAUAAUCUCUGCUUAUAAUGUCGCCAAGAUUGUAGCUAAUGUGAAAUGAUGCAUGGUACAGUAGUAACAAAUAACACAGGCUAAAAUUUAUAGAUACUUUGAAUCAUUUUCAGUUUAGUAAUGUGACUGGACGUUUCUAUAGACGAGUGAUUGUAUGUUUCGUGUGGGUUUUUAAUUAUGAUGAAACAUCGUUUGAUUGUUGUUUGAUUUUGUCAAGUCAGUUAGUAAAACCAUGAAUUUUCGCCGACUGAAUUGUCUGGGAUAUAUGUUACAUAUUCUAAACAAUAGUUCAUCUCAAUGUAUAAUCUUGGCUAGUUAAUAAACAGGAUGGUAGAAAACUAGAAGUGGAUAAAAUAUACUACUACAUUAGUCUAUGAAGUGAUUGACUUUUAGGAUGCCGAAAAAUGUGCAUUGCUUGAGUGAGGUCUAUAGGAUAAUCGACAAUACAACACAGUUAAGUUUGUCUACGUUCUCUGUCCUUAUUCAUUUCCCUUCAACUCUUUUGUGUAUUGUUUUAUACUACUUAUUAAUAUUCAGUAAAUAGUUGUAUUCCUUGAAAUGUCUACGCGCAUGCUGUGAAGUAAGUUUGUCGUGUAAUAUUCUGAAAUACUGAUAUGUACCGAUAACAUUUAUUGUAUUUAUCAUUAUAAUUAAUUUCUCUCGAUCCUCGUAGCAGUUGUUCACAAUUUUGUAUGGUGGUUUAAUCCUUGUUUCAACGCAACGAUUUCUAUAGUGUUUGCUCUUGGUUCUGUUUUUGCUUGUUGAUACACUGUUAUCAAGAUUAGACACCACUAACAACUGUCAUUUGCACAGUCGAAGCCCUAUUUAUUCCAGAAUUAUCGAUGCGUCAAGCAACAGAGAUGCUUCACAAGUUGAGGACCGCUUUUUGAAAAAAAAAUUGUUGUUUUGUGAACUUCGAUUUUGCGCCAAAAUAUCUCAAUCAUGUGAUCAGACACGCUUCGAAAGAUUUAACGGAAAUUAUCCUUAUGUAACCAGAUCCUUUGAUAAAUUUAAACAGAGCAACAAAAAAAUCACUUUUUCAGGAUCAAAUUAAUUCACUAUAAAUUCACUACUUCUCAUUAGCUGCAAGCGGCUUGAAUGUACAAUUAUUAAUAUACUUAUAAACAAAUGUUUUACAUAAUUAGUGUAGUUUGUAUGAAUAUUAGAAACAUAACCAAAAGAAAUCGUUAUGAUAUGAAGAACUGAACAUAGCAGUACAACGUAACGUGUUGGGGGAGGUGAUGUUCUAGUUACGAUGAUUAACAGAGGAUUAUGUAAUCGUAAUACACAACAAGAUUAGUAUUUGUAUAUCACUAAGAUUAUGUAUGAGAUAAAGAGGUUAGAAAAAAAUUAAAAAUAGUUUUUUUCAGCGACUGCAUCACGAGAAAAGUGGUAACUUGGAAUCCUGAAGGAAAGCGGAAAAGAGGAAGAUCAAAGAGCACAUUACGUCGGGAAAUAGAAACAGAUAUGAAAAGGAUAAAUAACAACUGAAAAGAGCUGGAAAUAAUUGUCCAGGACAGGGUUUAAUGGAGAGCGCUGUUGGGCGGUCUAUUCUCCUCCAUAAGGAGUAACAGGCGUAAGUAAGUAAAUAUUGACAAAAAACGAUUAUUAUCAGAGGGGGAUUUUGUGGAGAUUUCAGUAGUUUAAUAAUUGAAUUCAUGAAUUAAUUGAAGCUAUACCACCAUGGAGAACCUGGAUGCACUGGAUCACUGAUUCGUCCCAGUAUGGAACUUCUCAGCAGUGCGCGUCCACGUCGUCGCAUGCGGGACUUGGUUCCAGGACUUAUCGAUCUACGCGCGCAAACGCCCAGAGUCCAGACUACUGAGCUGACCUGCAUCCAACAGUGUUAAUGUCUAACUUCAAUCAAUGUGUUCAAAUAAAUAAUAUAGUGAUGUUUAAGAAAGUUUUCUGAAACAAUUUAUCAUCUACUUUAAGACUUCUGUUGUAUUGAUCAAGUUGUCUAUAGGGUCAAUAAAAAUGUUACAGAAAAACUCUUCCAUACUAAACCCUUAUUUAUUUAAGCGACACGUUUUUACUAUCAUUUCAAUAUUUAUAAUACUCGUUAAAUGAUAUAAUCGUGAACUGUCAUUGUAGCUUAAUACUCAUCAGAAUCCGGUAACAUAAUUUCUUUAGUUUCUCAAAGCAAAAGAAGUUUCAUUGUUGAACCUUAAAUUCAAUAUGCCAAAACUCCCUUAUGAAAAUCCCUAUGAACUCCAAAUUGAUUAUGGAUAUUAUUUGUUUUUAAUAGCAUUAACCCUGGAACACAAUCCUAGUUGACAUAUAUUACACAUUAGUACAGUGUGAGAUAUACGGAUUAACUAAGUUUAAAAUAGUCAAAUCAAAGUAGUGUCUUAACAUCGUUAUUGAAAUCUAUUUGAAAGGGAUCCAGUGAAUGAUUUGAAACCCUACUGUUUACGUUUCUUAUUGUCAUCAAAUGGAAAAUUUACAAUGUUUUGUGUCAGAGAAUAAUAGUGUGAUCAGAGGUUAAAAGGAGAAGAACUAAUAGGCAACCUAACUCCACACUAUUUAUAGGUAUGUAUGUACACAAUAAGGGGCUGAGACUGACAAUAUAUUACACGUAGUCUGUAAGUAAUGAAGAAGUAUUAAUGGUGAGACUAUAAUUUAUGGACGACAUUUAAGCGACGUUAGAGGGACCUUGAGAGUAUCCACCUACUGACUACGGUUAAAUGAAGGUUAUAAACCAGUGUGAGGAAUUAGAAUUAUGAUUUCCAUUUGAUGUUUCCUCACGAACUGACAUUAUUUAAAAUGACAAGACGUUAUUUAGCCAAAUCGAUAAAGAAUUUCUCGUUGAAAUCCAAGACCUAUUAUCGUAAAUCUUAUUGGUUCGUCCAUAAAUUAUAAUCAACAUUAAUAAACAGAAAUAUAAAACUGAUAAGUUCCAAAUAGUAUGUAACUUGUAUCCUGGAUUCUAUCGACAGAAUGGGCUUGAACAUUAGUCUUGGGAAACAACAUACUUUGAAGCAACAGAUAUAUAUAUUACGCCUGUUACACCUCGUGGAGGAACAUAGGCCGCCCACUAGCAUAUAUAUAUUCAUAAAUGUUAAAUUCUAUUUCAGAUAUGGAAAAUUGAUCUUAUCGAUGACAAGAUAUCGGAACAGAAUCAUUGUAAACGUAUUGGUAUUUUACGUCAGCAUACUGGAGCUGUUUGGUCUGUGAAUUGGCAUUGGACUGGUACUUAUUUAGCUAGUUGCGGUAUGGAUAAUACAAUACGUCUUUGGAAUGUUGAACACGCUAUGAUGUCAUUUAAAAUGAAUAAAGAAUUAUUAAGCACACGUUCUGCAACAUCAUGUUGUACAAUACUUAGAGGGCAUAGUAAAUCAGUGAAUUCUAUUCAAUUUUUACCUUAUGGGAAUAUUUUAGUUACUGGUUCAUCAGACAGAACAGUGUGUUUAUGGGAUGGUCGUUCGGUAAGUAACACUGUUUCGUUGGCUUUUACUAAAGAAUUUGUUAAUUAUAAGUGCAUAUUGAGAUGGUAGGGAAGAUUUGUUGCUCAGGUGGAUGAUUUUGGUCUCUGAGCUGUAUGGUUUAGUGAUGAAGGUUUCAUCGUUCUUCUGAACAACAAUAAACAAUCAAGAUCGAGGGUCGCACGAUGUCUUUAUUAGAUGUCUGGAUUACAGCUAACAAUCGUAUGCGAGACAGGGAUAUGGUCUCGUUUUUUAUUUAUUACCUAAAUGUUAUUGCAUAUCAGUUUACUUUUACAGUAAGUACUAACAGAAUGAUGGGAGUGCACAUAAUUAAUGAAUUCCAAAUAGGAUGAAAAUUUUGUUUUGGAUUUCACUGCUUGCUCCCCCCUUCCAGCCAAACAAGUUUGUGAAGCCUAUUAGGCCCUUCUGGAGAGAAACAGGCCACAUCGAAGCACGGCACAACUACCAGGGCUAGAAUAGGUGUUUCUGCAAUCCUUUGGAGUUUGCCCAAUGACGAGCAACUCCAUAUGAUACAUGCACCACUUUCGAAACUUUUUUGUGGUUUUCCAUUCCAAAUUUAAUUGUGCUAUGUUUCUCUGUGGGUUUCGUAAUUGAUUGAUGGGUAUAGGUAAGAGUGGGUGAUUAGCCCGAUUUCCACCACCUGGGUUACCGCUUGCGUUAGUUAAUGAGUCAUUCGUCUCAUUAUGCAGGAGGCACGAUGCGGACGUGUGAGUCGGAUUUCGCCUCCCCCACUGCUUGCUACAGUCCUUAAAUAUCAUGACAGGUUUUUCGACUAUCAUUGUCUGUUUAGAUAAAAACUUCGAAUUACACGUUAUUUCCCUGAUAUUAAAGUAAAUUGAAUUAACCAGUAGACAACUGUACUAAUAUAAAACCAUAGGUUCAAAGAUCAGGUUGGGGAAGAGAACAGUCAAUCAAAGUUAUUGACAGCAAUUAAUCUAAGUUUACAUCUACAAAACAAAUUAUUAGCCAAUUAUGUUUCCGUUUCUGUGAACUUUGCGUUAUACUUCAGGAAUUCGUUGAGUGCCUUCAACGCAAUAGGUUGUGGUGAAAUUCUUUGAAUUAAUUACUUUUCAGCGUUUGUUGUUACUGAGGAAAGAGAAUCAAAGAUUCAAUAUUAAAAUAUUCAGCUUAGAUACAACAAUAUCACAAAAAUAACAAUAUACAAGGAAUAUACAUAACUCUUCUAAAUGAAAACCUAAUUCCCAGGGCAGACUUUAAAUGGUUUGAAUUUAUUUUUUUCCGGUUAGCGUUUUUUUUUAGCAAGUUAGUUUUCCACGGGAUAGGGUCGCUAAUCUCAUGUCCAAGCCUCCUCCUUUAUCCGCGCUUGGGACCAUCAGUAUCUCAAGAGGGGCUCUAGGAGGAGAAAUGGAGACAGACAUGAAAAGAAUCAACAAAAAUUUGGAUAGAACUAGAAAGGAAUACCCAGGACAGAAUGGGUUGGAGAAUGCUGAUCAGUGGCCUAUGCUCCAAUAGGAGUAACAGGCGUAAGCAAGUAAGUAAGUAAUAUAUUAACCAAGGUUUUCCAGAUAACAACUUAGAAACUAGAUAGAUACUAUUCAAAGAAUAGUCAAUACUGAUAUAAUCUCAGUGUGUUUUUCUCUUUUUUCCAUAUAACCUAAUAGGGUUUGUGUGAGCAUACAUUUCUUGGUCAUACACAUUCAAUCAAUUGUGCUAUAUUUAAUCAACAAGGUACCAAUGUGAUAUCAUGUGACAGUGGAGGUUUUAUUCGAUUAUGGGAUCUUCGUAAAAUCAAUAAUUUCUCAUUUGAAACAAAUUUACCUACCUUAAAACUGAAAAUGCACAAUAAUAAUAAUAAUAAUAAUGUGGAGGUGAAAUGUUUGCCUACUUGUUUUGAUUUGAAUAAAACUCGAAAAUUUGAUCGUUUCAAUCAUCAUCAUCCUCAUCAACAACAUCCUAAUCAUCAUCCAAAUCCUACAUCUAUACAACAUAAACAAUUAGAACAACGAAAUAAACUUGGAAUUAAUCAAUUAGUUAUUGAUUUGAAUAGUGAAUAUAUUGUUGCUGGUUGUGAUGAUUCUAAAAUUUAUUGUAUAGAAAUAUCAACUGGUCAAAUAUCUACAUUACACGGACAUGAUGAUUCGGUUCAAUCGAUUGUAUUAGAUUAUGAAUCAGGAUAUUUAUAUUCAGCAUCCAGUGAUCAAAAGGUAUGUUCAUGGAUUUGAAUGAAACACAGAACAUUAUUUUAUUAUUUUGAUGAUUAUGCAUAAAAGAUCAUCCUUUUUAGAAACAUUUUACAAAAUGAACUCAGUCAUGUAAAAGUUUUUAAGAAAAAAUUAAUUUUAUUUCAUAUGGGUUUGUAUUUUCCCUCUGUUGUAAUGAAGAGCUGGAAUUAAUCAGAGAAUUUUAACAUAUAACUCAGUAACUCGAUGGUUAAAGCGUAACUCUUUGAAAUAAGUCUCAAAAGUUUAGUCUCUGUGUAAAUACGAACAUUCAGAUGCAUGUGAAUUCAUGUUAUGAGUCCCAAAUAGGUCAAAACACGAGUGUUCGAUUCUGUGGUGGACCAGACAAAUAUGAACGCAAAAAGUAUAAACAAAGUUACUUAAGAUAAAUAGUAAUAUUAAUAUAUACAGUUAAUUGUUA